GGAUACGAUGCUACGUUUUGUGUGCUUCCUCCAUCAGACUCUCGAGCCGAGGCUGCGCGUCGGCUGCUCGGUGCCGCUCCGUCGGAUUCGCUAUACAAGGUUAUGGUGCAUGACUAUGCGAGCGGGAAAGAGCUCGACUAUAUCGUAUCAACACCGUUCACCAACACGCACCAGCGUCCCGUCGGCCGCGGCACGCGUUGUUUCAGGGCGUACGACUGCGCCGAUGGUGAGCUGGUGCUGCUGAAGGAUACAUGGCGGAUAAGCACGUUCACUCCUGAGCGCGAGACGUACGCGUAUCUGAAGCGCAGGGGUGUUAAGUGCAUUCCAGACGUUUUAGCUGCGGGUGACGUGUCUGGUCAGGAGUGCGGUGUGGACGGAGGCGGUAUUCAGCGUCUCGUCCAUUCGAGGCUUGUUCUCAAGCAGGUCGGUGUGCCUCUUGCUAAGUUUCGGUCUACAUGGGAACUUGUCAAUGCUGUUGCUUAUGCAUUCCAAGCUCAUUGUGAAGCUUUUCGUCACGGCGUUCUUCACAGAGACGUAUCAGCGGGUAAUAUCUUGAUCGACCGUGAAAACAACCAAGGGUUCCUGAUCGAUUGGGAAAUGGCCAUGAAGGUCACCGACAACGAUGCUCAAGCGUAUGAAAGGACUGGCACAUGGCAGUUCAGGUCCAUCCGACUCCUGAUGGAUCCGAGCAUCCCGCAUGGGCUGCGGGACGACAUCGAGUCGUUCGUCCAUGUCCUGUAUUGGACCGCGGUCAAGUACGCCCCAAGC